GGAGGGUUUUGUUUCCACAAGAGAAGGCACCUUUUUCUCUUCUAAUUGGAAGUUUUGAUUGUCAACCUUCUUCUAAAAUCUCAAAUGCCUCACUAGCAUGUAUGUAUAUAUAGAGACCGAUGAACUAAAAGUCUAACCAACAAGCAAAAAAUCCAAACCCCUUUAACCUCAUCCUCCUCUUCUUCCUCCUAGCUCCUCCUCCUCCUUCUUCUUCUUUCUCCAUGUCGGAUGAACACAGUGACCUCUACUACCAUGCUCCUUUCCAUGAAGAUCACUACGAUGUCAUCAAUGAAGCUGGCUCUUAUAACCACAACAAUCAAAAGCUUCCUUAUUCCAUUGUGGGUUCCUCUAAUCAUGGGUUUGAUCCUUCUUCUUCUUACAUGAGUUUCACUGAGUGUUUACAUGGCUCCAUGGACUAUAACUCUCUAGCAAAGGCCUUUGGCAUGUCGCCUUCAUCUUCUGAAGUUUUUUCUUCCAUAGAAGGAAAUCCAAAGCCUGUAGAAAUUGGAGAUUUUGGAGGAGGUGCUAACAGUACUGAAAAUCCAGUCACCCCAAAUUCUUCAGUUUCUUUCUCUUCCAGUGAGGCUGGCGGUGAAGAAGAUUCAGCAAAACCCAAGAAAGAGAGCCCACCAAAAGGGACUGAGCAAGAUGGAGGAGAAUGCUCCAAGAAAGAGGGCAAGACAAAGAAAAAAGGAGAGAAAAAGCAAAGAGAGCCAAGAUUUGCCUUCAUGACUAAGAGUGAAGUUGAUCAUCUUGAAGAUGGAUAUAGAUGGAGAAAAUAUGGACAGAAGGCUGUUAAAAAUAGCCCUUAUCCAAGGAGCUAUUACAGGUGCACGACUCAGAAAUGUACUGUGAAGAAACGAGUAGAGAGGUCAUUUCAAGAUCCAUCCAUUGUGAUCACAACAUAUGAAGGGCAGCAUAAUCAUCAGAUCCCUGCAACGCUAAGAGGAAACGCUGCGGCCAUGUUUUCACAUUCUAUGCUCACACCAAAUCCCUUAGGAAGCACCAGGGCUACCUUUCCUCAGGACUUUUUGGCUCAAAUGGCACCCCACAUAGGCAGCCAACUUGUUGCUGGUCCAGGCUCGAUAUACCCACAGAACCAACAUCCUCACCACCAGUAUCAGGUUCCUGACUAUGGACUUUUGCAAGACAUAGUCCCUUCCAUGGUCUUUAAACAAGAGCCCUGAGAUAUUAAUUCUCUUGUUUGCAGAUCAUCUGUACAUAUACAUACUUCAACUGCUUAUUAGUUUUCAAUUACCGUCAUUGUCCCUGACUUUUUAGCUAGGUUAUAGUUCAUGGUUCUUGUCUUUCUUGAUCGAUCUUGAUUAAUACCCACUUCGAAUACUACCAAGAAGUGGAUUAUUUAUGGUUUUCUUUAGAGAUUGGAGUCGAUCAUUUGCUUGAUGAGAUGAUAUAUAGAUCAAAAAUGGAAAAAAUGUUUUAGAGAAUCCAAGAAGAUGAUGAGGCCAGCCGCCGGUAGAGCUGUUUUUCAAAAACCUAGUAGUGUUAGAAGAUUUGCAUUUGCAUGUGCUUGUACUGCAAAAUGCAAUCCCAUUGGAUGCUUUUAUUAUUGUAUGAAAAUUUGAGAUGAGAUCCUUCUUCAGGGGAUUUUUUUUUUU